UUUUUAUAAAUUAAGAAACUUUUAUUUUACUGCAUGUAUGUCAAAAUAAGAUUAUUAAUUAUACAUAUAUCAACAAAACAACUAUCGUAUACUUUAAUGUUUAAACUGAUACUAAAUUAUUGAACUCGUUUAAGCAAACCAGAAGAAAAAGAAAAAUAAUAGUUGUAAAUUUUUUAUCCAUUAUCCCAAAGAUAAAGUUAAAGAAAACUUUAAAAAAAAAAAAAAAACAUCGUCGAGGGUAAAUUGGUCAACACAAAAUUUAGAUAUAACAGUCCCCACUAACUUAAAAGCACAUUCUCUCUUCUUCUUCGCUUCGUCUCCAAGAAACAAAACACUCGAUCUUGCGUUUGAUCUUUUUCUCUCUAGAUCCCAUCUUUUUCUUGAUAGAUUUAGUUUCAUUAUGGAGAACGACGCAGCUUAUGAUCUAAUCAAACACGAACUGUUAAACGCAGAAGACGAAGUAAUAAUCUCACGUUAUCUGAAGGGUAUGAUCGUCAACGGAGAUUCAUGGCCUGAUCACUUCAUCGUAGACGCAAACGUAUUCAACAAGAAUCCAAAUGAGGUGUUCAAUUCUGAGAGACCUAGAUUCGUGAUCGUUAAACCACGAACAGAGGCUUGUGGUAAAACCGAUGGAUGUGAAUCUGGUUGCUGGAGGAUCAUGGGUCGUGAUAAACUGAUAAAGUCGGAGGAGACUGGGAAGAUUCUAGGGUUCAAGAAGAUUCUCAAGUUCUGCAAGAAGACGAAACCAAGAGAAUACAAGAGAAGUUGGGUAAUGGAAGAGUAUAGGCUUACCAAGAACUUGAACUGGAAGCAAGAUCAUGUCAUUUGCAAGAUUCGGUUAAUGUUUGAAGCUGAGAUUAGUUUCUUGCUAAAGAAGCAUUUCUACACUACAUCAGAAUCGGUUCUUGGAAAUGGGUUGUUGCCAUCUUAUGGAUAUUCAUCAACUACGCAAGAGGAGGAUGAAUCUUAUAUGGAGACGAUAGUGACUUGUGAAGGAAACUAUUGGCCUAGCUACGUUACCAACGACGUGUACUGUCUGCAUCCAAUGGACCUUGUGGAUCCUCAAGAUCCGAUGUUUCAUGAUUACGGAACCUGCAUCUUCGCUAACGGGACUUGUGGUGAAACUGAUAAAUGCGAUGGUGGUUACUGGAAGAUCUUGCACCAUGAUAAGCUGAUCACCGGGAAGGUUAAUGGUUUCAAGAAGGUUUUUAAGUUUUAUGAAACACGAAGAUAUGUUUGGGAAGGUGAAUACGUGAACGUAACUUGGACUAUAGAAGAGUAUAGGCUUAGCGAAAAGGAGAAGGAGGAUAAAGUGAUAUGCGUUAUCAAGUUUACCCUUGAUAACUAGCUAGGGACUUCUACUCUUAAUUUCAUGAUCGAUCAUCUUAUGGACAUUCUCGAACAUGGUCAUGAUUCAUGAGUCUUUGUGUUUCUUAUUUCUCUGUUCAAUAUGGUUUAAAGACUAGUAGGCUUAUUUGAUUAUUUCCCUGUGUUAUUUUUGGCUUUGAGAGGAGAUGCUUUUUGUGGUUGCAAUUUGUUAAACACAGCUAAUGGCAUAUAAACACCGAUAUUAGUAGCAAUCACAAACAUCAGAGACAAAUUGAGCCUAAAACAUGUGCAAAUGAUUCGAAAACAACUACAUGUUACUCGGAAACAUAUAUUUCUCAAAAACUCUUUUAAAACUAUUCCUCAAAUUCUCUUCUGAUGGAAUGAAGAAAAGUUUUCCUUUAAACAGCUAGGGAAGAAUG